AUGAGUGCAAUGACUGUUAAUACCAGUGAUAUAGAUGUCUCCUGUGAUUGGCUAUAUAAGGGUAAGCAUAGAACCAAAAAGAAGAGCUCAAAAGUAGAUAUAUUGAUCGCUAAUGACAGUGAUGGGAAUUCUGAACGUGGUAGUAGCAACAGCACGAGAAGAAGAUCGACCUCUGUGUCUAAUGCACAGCUAUCGAAGCAGGAACCACAGGUUUCAAGUCAUGGGGGUGACGAUAGGGGAGCCACGUUUGAAAGAUUACCGCUGUUGACUCCUAUCAGUAGUGUCCCCCAAAAGAGUGGCUCUUCUAUGGGAGGAAGUCCUCUGACUAAAGUUGUAUCUUCAACGUUGCAGGACUCAGCAAGUACCGAAACUGAUGAAUCAAAUAUUACAAAGAAAGCUUCAAGAUCCAAAUCCUUGAAUAAUAGUUCGGGUGUGAAAGCAGGAUUUUUAGCAAAAUCUAUUUCUCCAACAACCAGUACAGCCAUAUCAAAGACACCAGUGCGGUCAGAUUCUAUGAAGAAGUCUUUAUUCGGAUCUUUGUUUGGUAAGAAACAAGCACCUCUAGCAACAUCGGUCCCUACUAAGAACUUAUCAUCUAUAAACACAUCAAAUACAAAACUACCAAAUAGAGUAGUUUCAGAUAUUGUAUCGCCUACUAUACGGGAUGGCUCACAAUCGCCGACUUCGGCAUUACCAUUAUCAACCCCAUCGUCAUCAUCAGCAUUAUCAUCAGUAAACCUACAACCACAUCAGCAUCAGCAUCAGCACCAACCUCAUGAUCCUGAACUAUUACAAUUAGAACCAGUCUCAUUAAAACGUGUGGCUUUUAGUGUGAAUAAAUUUACAGACGAUCCUCCACAGCAGCUUCCUUCAAGGAAUCCAAGAAUUGGGAAUGUUUUAAUACCACAUGAUAUGAUUGGUGAUAUUCCUACAAUCUCGAUGGGGAUAUCACCAAACACACAAGCCAAAAAGACUGGAGAUGGAAAUAAGUCACCGGAUGGAGGGGGGGCUGGUAAUUCCACUAACACUUCCAACCCAAUCGAUUUGACAAAGACCUAUAGUGUAGACUCCAUAGAGUAUAAACGUGCUCUUGAUAUACAACGUAAGGUAUUGAAAGAAGCAGAGAUGCAUCAAAAGGAGGCCCAUUUUGCAGCAAAGAGAAUUGAGUAUGAAGUUUCCCUUUUCAAACCUGGAAGCGAUUCAAAGAAUAAUAGAACUCAGAGGAUUGCAGAGGAAGAAAUAGGUGCUGAUACAGUGACAUUUCAUGCAGACCAAUUGGAAGGAAUUGAUAAGCCAAUACAUGUUCAUGAACAUCAUUUCGGUGAGGAAGCUGUCACUGAAGAAAAAGAAAUGACAUUGGAUAUUGUAUAUACUAGAUGUUGUCAUUUAAGAGAAAUUUUACCUAUUCCAUCCACCUUGAAACAAGUUAAGCAUAAGACAGCGCCAUUACAAGUUCUUAAAUUUCUAAAUGCUAAACCUACUUUAAUUGAUAUUUUAUCCUUUUGUGAUUUUGUUUCCAUUACACAUAUCAAUACGGUAGUAUUUGACAACGUUAAUCUUACUCCGGAAAUGUUUAAAAUAGUUAUAUGUUCUUUAGCCAAUUGUCACAAUUUGGAUAAAUUAACGAUGAAAAAUGUAUUAAUAGAUAAUGAAAAUUGGACUUUGUUUUGUAAAUUCUUACUAAACAAUAGAUCCAUCACAAAAUUGGAUAUAUCUCAAACGAACACAAAAUUCAUCUCAAAGGAUAAAAAUGCAGAAAUCCCAUCAGACAAUGAAUUCUGGAGACAUAAUUUAGAUUGGAACUUAUUUGCCAUUGUUUUGAACGUCAGGAAAGGUCGUCCAAUUGAAGAGUUACUUUUAAAUGGUAUAAAGUUUAGUCAUCAUGUUGAUUCUAUUACUUUCCAAAAUGUGUUAAACGCUUUCAGUCAGCAGAAAAACUCGAUUAGAGAUCAACCAUCAUUUGCAUUAAGGCUUGGUUUAGCUUCUUCUGAUUUAUCUGUCACUUUUGUGAGAUAUUUACUGAAUUGGAUGUCCACUACAAAGAAUUCGGCUAUGAGUAAAGCGUUUUAUGUUCAAGGUGUAGAUACUUCUUUCAACGAUAUGUCACUAUAUGUCAAAACAAUUGUAAACAGGCUUUCAUCAUUAGAUUACACUAAUUUAGAAUAUUAUACUUUGAAUAAUUCAAACAUCUCCAACGCUUAUGAUGUUGCAUUAAUUAUCAAAUAUUUAUCUAGGUUACCAAAUUUGAAAUUUUUGGAUAUGAGUAACAGUCCUCAGAUGUUCCCAGAUGUGUUACCAUAUUUACACAAGUAUUUACCAAGGUUUAAAUCCUUAAAGAGAAUUCAUGUUGAUGGAAACGACAUACCAUAUAAAGAAUUAUCAGUGUUGUGUAACAUUUUGACUAAAUGUACUACAUUGAGACAUAUAUCAAUUAUGCAAAAUACCCCACAAACUGAACAUGAUAAAGUGAACAACUUUGCUAGGAACAAUUGUUGGGCUAUAUUGUAUGCUUUGGUAAGACAAUCGCCAAAUUUGGUUAAUUUGGACAUUAAUUAUGAUGCCGUCCCAGAAGAGAUUCAAUCUAGAAUCGCUUUAAGUUUAGUAUCAAACAUGAACAAAGCUAUGGGAUCUAUUGAAGAGACUGAUGAAUUGACUACACAAGAUGAUUUGUUGUUUGACGGUUCAUUACUAUCAGACUCUGCAGAACAAGUCUUUGAGAAAUUAAACAAAUUGAAAAAUACUACAUCUGAUGAAGGUAAACCCCAAUUUGAUUCCACCAAGAAAUAUUUGUUAAAGAAAUACUUUGAAAAGAUGCAACAUGUUCACAAUGAUGUGCAAAAGAAGAUCGACACUAUGUUUGAGAGAAGACGUACGAAUGCAUUAAGUCUAAAGGAGAAGGAAAAUUUGGUGAGACUAUUGUUGUUAGAGAAGAAUUUUUCAAACGUCUUGGAGCUUUGUAACCAAAUCCCAGAAUUUAAUAUGUUAAUGGGAUCGAAGGAACAAGAUCUAAAGCCAACCAACAGACAUUUCGAGCCAUCGACGGAGACUGUUGAUGAAGAGGCAACCAAUACUCCAUCGGAGACCCCUGAAAUCGAGACAUUAUCUAGACCUCAUUUGAUGGCUACUGAUUCUGGUAGAACUAUUGAUGUAUUGACUGGUAAGCCUGUUUUAUUUAGAGCUAAUUCAUCAACUUUAAUACAUGGGAAGGAACAAGAGCAGGAAGAAGGUGAAUUACAUAAGUGGGGGUUCUUUGUUCAACAACAAAAUGAUAUUUAUCCAGAUAACAACGAUAAUACGACUGGUACAAGUAGCGGCAUGUCGAGUGCUGUUUCAACAAGUACAACUGCAAGUACAGUUAACUCUGAAGUUGCACCAGCAGCCAAAACUACAUUGAUCACUAAAAUCCCAUCAGGUACAAACCUAAGAGCCGCAAUUAUCCAAGCUAAAGGUAUCGACUCAAUAAAUGACCUGAUUCAUAGUGUUAAUGAGAACGAGGUGAACUUAGAGUCCAUCUACGGUGCAGAUUGUGCUAAAUCUAAAGUAGCAGAGACAUACGAUAAGUUGUUGAACGACAUGUCAGAAGGUAGAAAUAUUAAAAAAUAG